GCAGCUCGAGAGUAGAGUAGGUUACAAAGAGGAGACUAGCUAGCAGGCCCGUGGCUUAUCCUUACAGUUCAAGCCAACGUUUCUUUAACAUCGCCACUUUAUCCGUUUGGAAGAAAAAGUUCAAGCUACUUUAGUUUAUUCUCCUACCAAAAAAAGAAAAAAAGAAAAGAACUCACACCUACUCUUCGUACACUCGCUAGCUCCAGCUCCACUCCACUCCAGUAGAGUGUAUUAAAUUCGCGCGGGUACGUUCGGACCACAUGGGGGAUUAGCUCAGCUCCACUCCACUCACUCACCCAGUCUUUGAUCCGAUCAGCUCCGGUCCUCCUCCAAGCUCCUCCUAUAAAUCACACCGCCGAGACCACUCGUCCACUCCAUCCAACAACCACGCCAAGACAUAUAUUCGCCCGGAUUAAAUCCACCAACCAACCAAAUUAACCGGAGCAGAAUCGGUCGAGAAUUCGAGAUGGGGGAAGGCAAUUCCAUCGCCAUAGCCGGCGCCUCGGCCGCGCGCUCAUCAUCAUCUUCUUCCUCGGCAGGAUGCGGGCUGGCGCUGGGCCGGCUGGUGCGGAGGCUUCGGAGGAGGAGCAAGAUGCUGUGCACGGCGUCGUCGGCUUCGUCUUCGCGGUGCUGCCCGCUUCAGUACGACCCGCUCAGCUACGCGCGGAACUUCGACCACCGCGGCGGCGGCGGCUUCGGCGCCGGGCCCGACGAGGACGUCGACGUCCGCUACACCUUCGCGUCGAGAUUCGUGCUCUCCGCGUCCUCCGCCCGCCAGACGCAGUAGAUCUGUACGCCGGCCGGCCAAGAGCUGGCCAUCGAGCUGGCGGAUGCAAUUGCAAGUAGCUCGCGCGCGCUAGCCAUUAGAGUUAGCCAGGAGUUAGGUGUAUGCGCCUCUGUUCCUUUUGUUCUUUUAUCAUCCCCUCUCGGCUGCAGCUUUUGCCCUGCAGCUGAAUGUGUUCAUACGGGGUGUGAAAUGAAUUCGUAGGCCUCCUUGGCUCUGUUUUGGCCAAUCGGGGAGCUGCAGGAAGACUAUUACCAAGUGGCGAUCGACUAAAUAUUUUCGACACAUUAAACCAACAUCUGUGUAACUGAUCGACUAACUUCUCGAUCGGCCUGGUCUGGCCGGACUCGUGGGGUCCAUGUCGGCUUCCUAAUAAUGUCCGAUCUUGACCACAUUA